AUGACGUCCCAGUCGGUGCAGGUAGUGGCACGCCACGACACCCCGGUGACGGCUCCCACUUAUGGGCCGGAUGACGAGCUCUUCGUCGUGUCGGAGACCGGCAACAUCUACAAAUACUCGGGCGAUGCGGUGAGCAAGGCCGUCAAUGGGAGGGGGGGAUCAGCACACAGAUAGGCGGGCAGGGCAGAGGGACGGAUGGUCGUCGAUGUGUGUCUGAAUCAGGAGGCGGGGACGGAGAUCUCUGCUGAGGUCAGUGGGACCCUCAGGCUCCGUCCGCCGGCAUGUGUUUUCCUUUCUGUGCGUGAUGUGUUUUCAUUCAGGUGUGGGGCAAUUCGUCGGGGCAGCCGUACGGCAUAUGUUUCGAUAGCAACACGGGCGUAGCAUUCGUGUGCGACGCUGCACACCAGGUCGGUCAGCGGGGGAACACACAGGCGAUGCACGGCGAGGGCUGCCUGUACACACACAUGACGCAAUGCAGGCCGUGUUUCGCAUGGCGCGCACUGAGGAUGAAGACGGGUUCCCCAGGCAGGUCGGAAGGCAGAAAGGCCAAGACACACUUGCAGAUAGAGGCCGCAUUUUCGCCUGUCGGAUGGAUGGAUGGGUGUGUGUGUGCUGCUGCAGGAGAUCGCUCCGUAUGUGAAGGAGUACGAGAACGUGGCCCUCCUGGGACCCAACUCCAUCGUCAUCGCCAAACUCAACGGUGGGCAACAGACAGGAAGAGCCAGACAUACAUGCGCCGGUUCAUGUUAUGUGAUGUGGCACGCACAGGGACGUUGUAUUUCACCGAUAGUGGCCCGUUCGGCGAGUCCAACAUCGCCAACCCAACUGUAGGCCGUCUCUUCUGCGUUGUGUGCAGCGUCCGUCAAUCCAUCCAUCCAUCUAUCCAUCAGGGUAGCGUGUUUGCUGUGGCGCCGGACACCCAGAUCCUGCUGCCGCUCCUUCACAGAGCCCUCGCACACCCAUGCGGCCUAGCCAUGGGGCCCGACGACUCCACACUGUGAGAACGACCAUGAGACAACACACCGACAGAAAUUUGUGUGUGUGUGUGUGUGUGUGUGUGCGGAUAGGUUUGUCUGCGAGACGUAUCGCAACCGCAUCCUGCGGUUCUCGCAGCAUCCCGCCGGUGUGUUCCACUGCAGUGUGUUCGCACAGCUGCACGGCCGCCUGGGGCCCACAGCCAUCGCCGUCGGCUCUACGGGCGACAUGUACGUCGCACACUACGACCACCAAGGUGCGCUCGUCAUGUGUGGGGAAUGGAAUGGGGGCGGUGGGAAGGGGUGCCAGUAUGUGUUGGUGUGUGUGUGCAGAUGUGGCGACUUCCGGCCGCAUAUUGGUAUUGGACAGUGAGGGUGAGAUCCAGGCCAUCAAGGAGGUGCCGGGGCCGGAGAUCACCGGGCUCUGCCUCUCCAAGUGAGCAAAGUGCAUGGGCGCAUUGACUUACGGGCGGCACAAGCACAUGUGUCUAUGUGCGUGGAUGUGUGUGUUGGGUGGUCUGCUCUGUGUGUGUGUGUGGGCAGUGACGAGAAGACGUUGUUUGUGACGGAGAGCUCGACGCGGUGCCUCUACCGAGUAGCACUCGAGGAGUGAGUAAAUGGACACAUACAUACGUGUAGGUAGAGGAGAUACUCACUCGGCUGCUGCAUACUCGGCUGCAUACCACACACGACGACUGGCUGCAUGCGUGUGUGUGUGAGAGGGACCCUUCAUGCCAUGGGUGUGCUGUGC